AUGCCUUCGCAGCGCUACGAGCGGGUGUCCGCGAACGACGACGACGACCAUGUGUCGUCGGCCAACAGCGGCGAUGCCGCCCCCGGCCCGCAAUACCCGAUUCCCUCUUCGCCACCCCCGUCGUUCAGAUCGCGUGCCUCGUCGCCCACGCAGCAGCGACUGCUCAGCGAACACGACCCGCUCGCAUCUGACGCCGACCGCGAGCUCGAGGACACCUUCGCCAGCCCUUCCGACGAUGAAUCCGACGACGAGCACGGCGACGGCAUGGAUGACCGCCAGCGGUUAAUGCGCGGCCAGCCCGAGUCAAGUAGGAGCGACGACGGUUAUGAGGGAUCGAGCCAGGAAGAUAGUAGGCCACGUCCCAUCGUGCGACGAGUCACGCAGCUGCCGGCUUUUGUGCCCGGCGGCCGCGUUGUCGGGGGUGGGUCAGGCAACGACGGUGUUUUUGCGAACCUGAGCGCGAAGCCUAGUCCAGCAGACGAUGUGGAGGAGAAGCCUCCGUCCUAUGAACAAGCAGCAGCAGAUGCUACUCCACCCUACUGGGAAACAACAAUUCUCGCACCUGGCCUUCACUCCGACGAGGUCUUCGUUGAUGGCCUUCCUGUCGGCUCCGUAUUUUCCUUUGUUUGGAACGCUAUCAUUUCCAUGGCCUUUCAGCUGGUCGGUUUCUUGCUUACUUAUCUUCUUCACACCACGCACGCGGCCAAGAACGGCGCACGCGCCGGCCUUGGCAUCACUCUCGUUCAGUACGGUUUUACGAUGAAGGGUGCCAGUAAUAGCGAAAUGGUUGGCACGCCAGACACGGGAGCUGGGUUCGGCAACGCACCAAAGGAUCCCAACAACGUCGACUUUGACCCUAACGAUGUGACGGGCGACGGCUCUGGAAGCGGGAGCGGGCAGAUCACCACCAGCGAAUGGCUGUCUUACAUUCUUAUGAUUGUUGGCUGGUUCAUCCUCAUCCGGGCUGUUUCGGACUUCCUGCGCGCAAGACGGCAUGAGCAGCUGGUGCUGCAGAGCUCCAACCGCGGACUGACGGUGCCAGUCAUCGCGGAGGGCGAGCACCCAUCUCAAUCAGUCUAA